GCGAUGAUGAAAUGUAAUGAAAAAGCAAAUGGCUGACUAGAAAUUGAUUCGACGUCUUCGACGUUCUCGAAUUCACAACAAAAAUAAUCCAAUUUAAUUGCAUGAAUUAUGCUCUAUUUAUGAUCAUGACUAGCGAAAUAAGAUUACAAAAGCUAUAAUAUAUCCGAAUAACUGUAUAUUACUUGCCUAUAUUCAGUCAAAGAUACUAAAUAAGACAUAACUUAUCUAAGCAUAGAAAUUUGCAAAUACAAAUUACGGUGAUUGGGGUGAUCGCACGUCCGUUUUUUCUUAAGUUGUAAUGUGAACAGGCGCAACAUCCUCAGGGUGUCCGCCCUACCUGAUCAUGGAAAGGAGCUAUGAUAAGCGACAUAGCAAGCAUCAUAAGGAGAAGCACAAGAAGAGAGAUCACAAAAAGUAUAGAAGACACAGUGGAACUCAUGAACAAUCUUAUGCUACAGUAAAUUCUAGUAAGCCCCUUGUUGAAUACUCCGAUGUUAGUUCAGAAGACUUGUCAGCCCCAGAGGCAGGAGAAAUAGAGAGUGAGGCGAGUUCAAUAGGCCGGCAUAUUGCUGAUGAUCUUGACCGUACAAGAAAAUCGCACCCAGUGCGUACAUUUCUUGACAACAAGACAAUUUCUGUCUCUACAACCUCAAGCCGCCGCGCUAUUGAAGAGUACCCUCUCACCCGUGAUUCUUCCUCAGCAGCAUCAAGGAGCCGGCGGGGCCUGGAAUAUGUGGAGGCAGAGCCAGACUUCACUGACGCUUGUUAUAAAAAAAAGAAAGAGAAGCGUAAAAAGGACAAAAAGAAGCGUAAGAAGAAGUCUAAACACCGGUCAAGGUCCGCCAGUCUGGAGAGUGUAUCACACGAUGAUGAUGUACAUAUCGAGCCACGGCCUGUGAGCCCGAAGAGGUAUCAGCAAGUGCCAAUAAGUGAUUGGGAGAAGGCUUCGUCUCCUCUUCAGAAUGGAUCAUGUUCACCCAUUUCUACAACCACUCCGCCUAUGAGGGGCAGACAUGAUGAUUCUCCCCAAAUGAGACUUGCAAUGCAUAGAGAGAUGCCAAUCCAUACUGUGAUUUACUCACCUCGCAGGGAAAGGUCACCUGUUAUAAGCAGACGGAGGCAGAAGUCUAUGACACCACACACACCAUCCAUGCCUCCAUACCAUGAAACUGUCACCAUAGACUCUGACAAUGAACAGGUCUAUGAUAGAGUGCGGAGGGACUACUGGAUGGACCACAGGGUGCAAUCACCUAUAAUGGUUAUAUCAGAUUCUCCGACUCACGAGCCACGUAUGCGAGAGUACAGUCCUCGACGUAGCCACCGUCGCAAGAGUCCCCGGCGCCGGCAUAGGAGCAGGGAACGGGAGAGACAUCGGGAAGCCCGAGCUCAUCAUAGGUCUGCUCUUGGUCUGUCUGAUGUAAUGAAUAGCGAAUGCGUCGUCAAAUCACACAGCCGCAGUUCAAUGAAGCGACGUCGCUCGGUGUCGCGAAGCCGACGGCGCUCCUCCUCGCCGCCACGACACCGGCCUCGGCACAGCGAGACCACCAAGGAGAGACACAGAGUGAAACAUGAAUCGCCAAGUCCACCAUCAGCGCUACAAAGGAGAAUUGAUUUCAAAGAGAAGAUUAGCGAUACAAGCUUGUUUGCCGAACUCGUUAAAGAUAAACACAAAAGAGCAAAGAAGCUUCAAGAGAUCUUGAGUCAAAAGGAGGAAGAAUCUCAAGGCGCGAUUUCUUCAAAUACUUCUAUAAAUAACCCAGAAAUUAUGACCAUCGAUGAACUCUCCAAUGCCACAGCGGAUAGUUCAACACAGGUUUCAAAAGAGGAGGGUGAGAAAGAGCCGGCGACGGAGGUGGUGGACAUCCCGAUGCCUACGCCUACGGGCUCUGAGGACAACCCCACGCCCACGCCCACUGCUACGGCUACACCCAACCCGCUGCAGCCACCGCCGGAGUUCGACAACUUCGAGCAGAAGACCACGGCUAAUGGAGAAACAACUGAUAGUGUUGAAUCUGAUCAAAAAACCCAGACCCCGCCGCCACCACCGCCGCCGCCUCCGAGCAGUGCGCCGCCCCCAGUGUCGGGGACGGCCAGCCUGCCGCCGCUGCCUAAGGUGGGCGGCAGUGUGGUCGACGGCGUCUACCUGCAGAACAGUCAGCCAGCGCCCCCCGCGCACAAGCCCAAAAGCCUCACCAAGUUGCCCAUGCCCCCCAACACACAGGUGGAAGACCUGAAGACAUUAGCUAAUGAGAGUCCUUUAAGUACACCAUCCCCAAGUCCCAUUAAGAAGCCAGAAAAGCCAAAGAGAACCGGUAUCAUGAAUCUUCCCAUGCCACCCUUGGUGCCGGAUUCAGAGGAACUAAGCGCAGACGAGCUGGACGGUUCAACGCCGCCACCCGCAUCACGCCGCGACCAGUACUCACACGUGUUUAGUGCGCGCAAUAAGCGGGAUCCCAAUUCCGGUUCGAAGUUAAAAAGGCCUAGAAUAUUAAAGAGACGGGGCUCCAAAGUAGUGCCGGUUGCGACGCCGACGUAUCAUGCCAAAGAUUGGGGAGAGAAGUGUGUUGAUGGCUUCCAGGUUAUAACCCAAAUAGGUGAAGGGACCUACGGUCAAGUGUACAAAGCUCGGGAUAAAAACACUGGUCAACUGGUUGCACUCAAGAAGGUGCGUCUGGAGAAUGAGAAGGAAGGCUUCCCUAUCACUGCGGUGCGAGAGAUCAAGAUCCUAAGGCAGUUGAAUCAUAAGAACAUUGUUAAUCUGCGGGAAAUUGUUACUGAUAAACAGGAUGCUAUGGACUUUAGAAAAGAUAAAGGAUCAUUCUACUUAGUGUUUGAGUACAUGGACCACGACUUAAUGGGUCUGCUGGAGUCCAAGAUGGUGGACUUUACCGAGUCGCAUAAUGCGUCUAUAAUGCGGCAGCUGCUCGAUGGGCUGGCGUACUGCCAUCGCAAGAACUUCUUACAUAGAGAUAUCAAAUGCAGUAAUAUCUUGAUGAAUAACAAAGGGGAGGUGAAGCUUGGUGACUUUGGUCUAGCGCGGCUAUGGUCGGCGGAGGACAAGCAGCGGCCGUACACCAACAAGGUGAUCACUCUCUGGUACCGGCCGCCGGAGCUGCUGCUGGGCGAGGAGCGCUACGGGCCCGCCGUCGACGUCUGGUCCAUGGGUUGCAUACUCGGAGAACUGUUCCUCAAACAUCCAUUAUUCCAGGCUAGUGUGGAAAUGAUGCAACUAGAGAUGAUAUCCCGCGUGUGUGGCACUCCAGUACCGGGUGUAUGGCCUAACGUGGUUAACCUGCCGCUCUGGCACACGCUGCGACCAAAGAGAUUCCAUAAACGCUGCGUCCGUGAGCAGUUUGCCUUCAUGCCCGGUCCGGCACUCAAUCUGCUGGAUCGUAUGCUGGAGUUAGAUCCCGAGAAGAGGAUCACUGCAGAAGAAGCUCUUAAGAGUCCCUGGUUGAAGAAUGUGGUGCCGGAACAAAUGCCUGCUCCAGAGUUACCAACAUGGCAAGAUUGUCAUGAGCUGUGGUCAAAACAGCGUAGGCGACAGCAAAGGGAACAAGAUCAGACCAAACCAAAAUCUUAUGGGUUUGCAUCCAACGAUUGCGAUAAAGACCCUAACUUCAAGCAGAAUGAUAGCUCAAACCAAUCGGAUUCUGGCUUCCGAAGUGAAUCAUAUAAAAUGGAGAGUGGUUUUAAAUCGGAGUCAGGACAAGAGACUGUGGGACAAGUUAAAUAGUAUAUGGAGUAUUUCUAUGGUUACUAUGGAUAACCAUAGAUUUGUGCCUUGUGCUUUAGUGCAAGUGAUGCUAAGUGCUAGUGACACAUUAGUGAGGUGAAUCAUGUAUUUAUGCAGUGCCUGACAUUGAACAUUUCCAUUCCUAGGAUCAGCUUUCUAUCUCCCAUCUCGGGAAGAUUUGUGAAUAGCUUGGAGCCAUCUCAAGACUUCAGGGAUGUCUGCUGUGAGAAUAAAUUCAAGAAGGUAAUGAAGAAGUGAAUUAUAGUUCUUAUUGUAAAAUUAUUUAUCAAUUCAUGCUCUUUGAUAGGAAUUUAAGAGAGCAAGAUAUUUAUCACAAUUUUAACAUCACAGACUAUGUCUUGUAAUUAACCAACAUAAGUGAAAGACUCAGUCUUAAGAUGUCCAAGGAAUCCUGGAUAUGUAUAGGCUUAUAGAUUUACGAGCUUGAUAAAUAAGCUAAUAAUGGCAAAACACAAAUUAACUUAAACUUCUGCAUAUUUGGGAUUGUCUACUGUAAACUUUUUUUUGUUAAUAAAUAGGCUUAUAUAUUCAAAAGAAAUUUAAUUUAUAAAGUCUGAAAGAAAAUCGUAAUUUAUUGAGCUGCAUAAUACUGGAUAUUAUUGACAUAAGUUUCCAAAU